AUGAACCCAGUAUGGGCCUCCUUAAUCACCAAUAUGGAUUACCUACCCGGUCUUCUAACCCUCCACCACUCCCUCAAUCACCCGCAGCCCGACCCCAGCGUCACGAACGCGAACACGCCUACACCUCCAGACCGAGGCACCCGCUACUCCUUCGUGGCUUUCUACACCUCUAGCUUCCCACCUGAAGGUCUGAAAAUUCUCCAGUCUCGCGGUAUCACCGCUCAAUGGGUUCCCAACGUCGUCCCCGCCAGCACGCGUGAAUACACGCAAGACCCACGCUUCGCUGACACAUGGACCAAGCUCGUCGCAUUCUCACUGGAAGAAUACGAGCGCGUGGUCCUACUAGAUGGCGAUAUUCUAGUCCGCCGAAAUAUGGACGAACUGAUGGAAUUAGAGCUGGAUCCGAAGGCAGCUCUAGAGGAUGGGACCGGAAAGAGGGUUUUUGCAGCGGCGCAUGCUUGCGCAUGUAACCCGAUGAAGAAGUCUCACUAUCCGGCGCACUGGAUUCCCGCAAACUGCGCAUAUACAGCACAACACCCAACGCCAGAUUCGGCGCAUAUUUCUGCCCCACCAAGAGAUUCGGGCGUCGGCAUGCUAAAUAGCGGUGUACUCGUUGUGACCCCAUCAUCUAAGAUCUACAGCGAGAUCAUGUCUGCCCUUCAAGAGACAGAACGAAUUGAAAAAUACGAUUUCCCGGACCAAGAGCUUCUAUCAGACGUUUUCAAUGGGCGCUGGGUUGCGCUUCCAUACGUUUAUAAUGCGCUGAAGACUCUACGGAUGGAGAAUGUGCAUGGAGCCAUUUGGAGAGACGAGGAGGCCAAGGCUGUACAUUACAUAUUCGCGAAGAAGCCAUGGCAUGAGGUGGAGGAAGCAAAGGAGAAGAAGCUCAGUGAGCUUAGUCUGUGGUGGUGGAAGGCCAAUUGGGAGAGGCAGAGGUUGGAGAGGGAGAAUGGGGUCGCGGACGCCUUUUCGGGGUGA